ACAAUUGCUACCAUAAGUGGCUACUCACCAUCACCACCAUCUCCACCACCAUCACCACCAUCUCCACCAUCACCACCAUCACCACCAUCUCCACCAUCUCCACCACCAUCACCACCAUCACCACCAUCUCCACCAUCUCCACCACCAUCACCACCAUCACCACCAUCACCACCAUCUCCACCAUCACCACCACCACCACCACCACCACCACCAUCUCCACCAUCACCACCCAUACCACCAUCACCACCAUCACCACCAUCUCCACCAUCUCCACCAUCACCACCAUCACCACCAUCUCCACCAUCUCCACCAUCUCCACCAUCACCACCAUCUCCACCAUCACCACCAUCACCACCAUCUCCACCAUCACCACCAUCACCACCAUCACCACCAUCUCCACCAUCACCACCAUCUCCACCACCAUCACCACCAUCUCCACCAUCACCACCAUCACCACCAUCUCCACCAUCACCACCAUCUCCACCAUCUCCACCAUCACCAUCAUCUCCACCACCAUCACCACCACCAUCACCACCAUCACCACCAUCACCACCAUCUCCACCACCACCACCAUCACCACCAUCACCACCAUCUCCACCAUCACCACCAUCUCCACCACCAUCACCACCAUCUCCACCAUCACCACCAUCUCCACCAUCUCCACCAUCACCACCAUCUCCACCAUCUCCACCAUCACCACCAUCUCCACCACCAUCACCACCACCAUCACCACCAUCACCACCAUCUCCACCAUCACCACCAUCUCCACCACCAUCACCACCAUCUCCACCAUCACCACCAUCACCACCAUCUCCACCAUCACCACCAUCUCCACCAUCUCCACCAUCACCACCAUCUCCACCACCAUCACCACCACCAUCACCACCAUCACCACCAUCUCCACCAUCACCACCAUCACCACCAUCACCACCAUCUCCACCAUCACCACCAUCACCACCAUCACCACCAUCUCCACCAUCACCACCAUCACCACCAUCUCCACCAUCUCCACCAUCACCACCAUCACCACCAUCUCCACCAUCACCACCAUCACCACCAUCUCCACCACCGUCACCACCAUCACUACCAUCACCACCAUCUCCACCAUCACCACCACCACCACCAUCACCACCAUCUCCACCAUCACCACCAUCACCACCAUCUCCACCAUCACCACCAUCACCACCAUCACCACCAUCUCCACCAUCACCACCAUCACCACCAUCUCCACCAUCUCCACCAUCUCCACCACCAUCACCACCACCACCACCAUCACCACCAUCUCCACCAUCACCACCACCACCACCACCACCACCAUCACCACCAUCUCCACCAUCACCACCAUCACCACCAUCACCACCAUCUCCACCACCAUCACCACCACCACCACCAUCACCACCAUCUCCACCAUCACCACCACCACCACCACCAUCACCACCAUCUCCACCAUCACCACCAUCACCACCAUCACCACCAUCUCCACCAUCACCACCAUGACCACCAUCUCCACCAUCACCACCAUCACCACCAUCU